GCUAGAAAUGGGCAAAGUUUUGUCAUAAGUUUCGUGUUAUCACUGUAGAAUUAAUUGCACUAGUAAUAUUUCCUUCAAAAUCCCAGUGAUUCACAUUCUGUACUAAAGAACACGUUUAAAAUGCUGCAAAACAUAAUUGAUUUCUGCAACUACUGGUGGUUCCGAUAUCUUAUGGUUACAGAGCUGUAUAUGGUUGAAAAAUGGGAACGCGUUACCAUUCAUGUGAUAUUUGCGGUUCUCUUUUGCCUCUUCUGGUAUUUUAAUUAUUCGGUGCUAUUAUCUUUUACGGGAAGUAUACUUGGCAUUACACCCAUUUCCGAUAGUAUAGAGCAGCAGGCUGCCAAAAUAGCAUAACCAAAUAAGUACAUAUAUAUUUUGUAGCAACUACAUGUAGUCACGCACAGUUGGAAAUUUAAUGCGAAUUGUAGUCAUAGUAAAUGCAUUAGAGCGGGUACAGAAAUCACUGCGCAAUCAUAAUUUAAGUAAUAAAAUGAACAAGAUAUAAUUAAUGGUAGGAACUGCUAUCAUAGAAAGUUGUGCGAGAUAUCAGCACCAUCAUACAUUCAUAUACUACUAAGAUACACCAAGUAAGCCUUCAACUAGUAAUUCUAUAUCGAUUUUGUAUUUCUAUCUGCAACAUUUAUGUACAUAACUGGUAGGCUAUUUCGUUUAAAAUUAAUCAAGCAUGAGUGCAAACGAAGGAACAAAGUCAUGUAAUGGAUGUAAAGAAAAAACUCUUUUCAGAAGAAUACUUAUUAUUAUUGUCCAUACGUAAAAUAAACAUACUUAUGUACUUUA